UAUAUUUAUACUGAUUUUGUUUCAAAUAUUAAAAUUACAAAUGUAGUUUCAUUGGCACCUGAAGAAUUUGAAAAUGUAACAUCUGAUGAACAAAAAAAAAUCAAAAAUCGAAUAUCACAAAAUAGAAAUUCAAUAUCACAUGAAAAUGAUAUUUUGGAAUCAAAUUUGAAAAGAAAGUGUGACAAAAUUACAAUGACUCCAAUAGUUUCAUAUAUAAAUGAAUCUAAAAGAUUGAAAAAAAAUAACAGUAUAAUAGGAGAGACAUCAAAAUCAUCAUGCAUUUCUACAAAUGCUUUGAUAAAUGUUUCAUCUAAUAAAAAUAAUUUACAAAUUAUUCAUGAUAAUGAAAAUAAUACUUCUAUGAAUGAAUUUAACAUACAGAAUAGAGAAUCACAUAUUCAAAUUAAAAAAAAUUGUAAUGUCUACGAAGAUAUACUAUGUACAUCUAAUACAAAAUGUUUACCAAAAAUUGAUACAUCAAGUAAUUUAUUACAUAAUAAAACUGAUUUAACAAAUGAAGAAAAUACUCAUACAUGUAUUAUAAAUGAUGCAAAUAAAGAAUUUGGAAAUAUUAAAAUCGAUAAUAAUAUAAAAAAUUGUGAUGAAGAUGUAAGUACUAAUCCUGCUAGAGAAUCGAGAGAUAAAAUUUUUACAAAUAAUACAAGAAUCAAACACAUUGAUAAAUCUGUAAAUUUAGACCAUUUGAAAUCUAAAAAAUCACAAAAAUUAGAACAAUGGAAAUCUCAGAACAAUGUCGAAAUGAUCAAUGCAAACUAUAGAAUAUCAAACAAUAAAUUUUAUGAUACAUGUUGGCAAGAAAGAAUAAAACCAUAGAUUAUAAUUAUUCUCGAUUAAUACCAGAAUAUGUACGUUUACGCGAUCUUAAAUUUCGUGUACAUAAUAUAAA